AUUUUAAUUAUUAAAAAUAAAAGAUUCAACAAUGAAGUUAAAAAUUACAUUUUUAUUGCUAUGCUUCCAAGUUUACCAAAUAACAAAUACAUUAGCAGGAACCUGCGAACGUCAAGAAGUAUGUUCCAACACUUGUGCUUUAGUCUGUAAAAAUACAACUGAAAGUGAAGUUCUUGGCGCUGCUCAUGGAUAUGACAAAUUAAUUGUACAAUAUGGAAGUUUAGUAAGUGUUGCAUCCUUGUUUUUAAACAAUCCAAAUCUUGUAAAAAUCUUAGAAAUACGUGAAAAUGAAGACUUAGAUGUAUUUGUAAAUGAUAAAGUAUUUGGUGGUUUAAAAAUUCAAGAGUUAGAGCGUCCUUUAACACAAGAAAUUGGACUUGAAGAAUUAACACUUGAAAAUACUAAAUUAGAAUUACUAUGGAAAUCAAAAUUAUUUGAAAACUUUGGUAAAUUAACAAAGCUAUCUAUCCAUAAAUGUAACAUCGAAAGAGUGUUCAGAGAAUUAUUCCGAAAUCUUACGAAUUUAGAAUAUUUAUCUUUAAAAUCAAAUGGAAUAAUGCAAGUUGAAAAUCAAGCGCUUUCAACUUUACACAAUUUGAAAUAUUUGGAUUUAAGUGAUAAUUUUAUCAAAUCAUUUUCUCAUGAAAAUUGUUAUAAAGCUAAUAAUUUACAAGAAUUUCAUAUUAGCCGAAAUCCUUUAAGUGAUUUUAAUGUUCGAAAAUUUUUGCGAGAUAAAUUAAAUUUAUGGAUGGCCAAUAUGCAUACCAUUUACUGUAAUACUUUCCGAUUUAUGGUUAUGGAUGCGUACCAAGAACUCGGUUAUAAACCUACAUACCUUCACGGUGUUGAGUGUUCAACUCCACACUGGUAUUAUAAAUGCAAUUCGAUUAUAAUGAAAGAUUCGAAUAAUCGGAAUAUUACAAUCGCUGAAGUCCAGGAAAACAAAGAUAAGUUUGAAGCGUACUACGAAAGUAAUAUAAACGAUAUAUUCUUGUGCUAUGAUGAUUGUUCUACGCAAUUAAUUGACUACUUCCGUAAAGAUGAUGAAUAUGCAGAACAAUUAGCUUCGAAUGUUUUACAAUAUUAUAUGGGACAGAUACAAAAAAAUUUUAAGGAUUUUUAUAUAGUAUUUAAAAAUAGAGAGAAUAUCCUAGACUUAAAAGCCAGUAUAGAUGAAUUACAUUCAGUGAUUAAUAUUACUAGUCAUCAAAUGGGAGGUAAAUUGUAGGCUGCCUAAAAAUAUGUAAUAAUUGUUAUUAUUAUUAAUAAAAUAAGUUAAAAUAUC